AUGCAGCACCAGAAUUUGGAGUCUGUUAGUAUUACUGACUCGAGUGUUGACUUUGCCAAGUCGGUCAUUGUGACCAAGACGAAAGAGAUCAGUUCAGUUGAAGACGAUGUGUGCAGUAUUGUAGACGAUGCGUCGUCUGAGUCGACUCGUUUUGAUGUGUGUUCUGAGAAUGAAAAGGCUCUUGCUAGUGAGACGCCAGCUGUAGUUCAAUUCAAGACUCAAGCUGAGACUGAGUCUGAAGCUGAAGCUGAAGCUGAAGCUGAUAGUCGUUCCGACUCUGAGUUCACCCUCAACAGCCCGUCUAUUUCAGUUGAUCUGUAUCAGAGCGAGGCUAAUGACGAGGCUAAUGACGAUGCCUGUGAUAAAGGUAUGAAGGCAGAUGGCUCUGCUGCUGUUUCGGCAGUGUCUAGUGCUCGUUCAAGAAGCGGAACCAUGUCAGAAGUAGCCUCUAUUGCGUCUGAUACUCGUUCGGUGGCUGCAUCUUUCGCUCCAUCGGUGGCCUCGGCUUCGCCAGGCGCCAUUGAUUGGGAAUCAUUAACUGAUAUUGAAAUGAGAAUGGUCACUGAAUCCGAUUCUCUCAAACUGAUAUUUGCUCGUCGUGAUUUCUUGCUGGUUCAAGAAGCAGAGUAUAUGAGCGAUAACGAGGGUGACGAGAGUACUGAAACCAUGGCUCGCCCUGAUAUAAGCUGUGAAGAAGUCCGCGAAAUCCUGUUACAAGCGCAUUCGGUCAUUGAUUCGUCCAGUCUAGUUCCUGGAUCACAAGCUUCUGCUACUAGCUUAUACCCAUGGAAAGACAUUCCCAUGCUGAAAAUUGCCGACCCUUCUUUUUACGACACCAACGAGCUGGCUCUGUGGUCUGCCAUUAUCUCGGACUAUCGCAAGACCAGUGUCAAAGUCCCAAAAUACACUAGUAUGAUGGUUUAUUCGGGAAUUCCUCCUGCUCUUCGUGGCAGGGUUUGGAAAGCCAUGGCUAAUGCCUAUUCUCCUACUUUACUCUCUUUAUACGAUUCAUUAGCAGCUGAAUCGACUCAUUUCGCCAAAAUCAUUGCUCGUGAUUUGAAUCGAACGUUUCCUGAAAUCAGUUUGUUUCGUGAAAAGAGCGGUAAUGGCCAGGCUAUGCUGGGUAGAGUCAUGAGAGCUUACAGUGCAUACGACAUCCAGGUCGGUUAUUGCCAAGGUUUAACAUUCCUUGUAGGUCCUUUGCUUCUUCAUAUGAAUGAUCGCGAUGCUUUCUGUGUCAUGGUCCGUUUGAUGGAAGACUACGACCUGAGAUCUAUGUUCACCGCUGAUAUGGCAGGCGUGCCGCUGAGAAUGUACCAAUUUGAGUAUUUGCUGGCAGAUAUUCUUCCUGAAUUGUAUGAACAUUUUCAAAAAUUGGGUAUUUCCACUAUAUAUGUGUCUCAGUGGUUCUUAUCUAUGUUUGCUGUGACCUGCCCAUUGAGCAUGCUAGUACGAAUCUUUGAUCUGAUCUUCUGUGAAGGUGCUAUUCCCACUCUGAUGCGAACAUCUCUAGCUAUUAUGAAACGAAACCAGGCGCAGCUGCUUGAAUUCGAUGACGAGGAGCCUAUUUUAGAACUGUUACUCGGCAAAUCUUUAUGGGAAGUAUACAACCUCGACGCUGAUUUGCUUUGCUCUGAUAUCACCUCUAUCGACGCUGCACAAGUCUUGCACGGACUCGAGGUGGCUGAACGCGGUUAUUUAUCCAUGGGCAAGUUAGAAAGAGCACGUUCGAGAAAGAACAGAGGCAAGAUUUUUGGUCGUGGUCUGAAUUUGACUCCCAAAUCACCAAACAAGACCCCAUCAUCUGCAUCUGCGUCAGCACAGUCAAGUCCCUCUAAACUGGAUAAGAAACCCUCGAGAUUCUUUAAAUGGACUUCUGCUGCUACUGAAACGCCUGUCAUAAACUACCCAGUCGAUGAAGAAGAUACCACUAUGAUCACAGCCACCAACAAACGUGGUCAUAAAACCCUAUCAACAGCAUCCACCAUCAAACGUACCUUAUCACAAGGUUCUCUAUCUUCUGGAUCUACUAUGUCAUCCAACUUGGACGAUGUAUUUGACUCUUCUAAUGACGACGACAGUGACGACAUUGAUGCUCAAUCAGCUGUAGUUUCGACUCUCGACAUCAAACAACCAAAGUCUCUUUCUGUUUCUCACAGCAACCCCACUUUGACACGUUCGCCAUCCGAGCUACAACUUUCACAGUCGCUGGAAAUUGAACGCAAAGAACGUCAAGUCGACAAAGACAUUUUCCAGUCUCUACUAGCACAGAUCCCCUCUGAAGUCAUCCAGUCGAAUCCACAACUUAUGUCUCUGAGCAACGAACUGUGUCAGCGACUUCAAAUCUCAAAUGAUGCACUAAAUAACACCACUCCCAAUACGUCCUGUUCCAGCUGCGACAGACUUCUCCUGGACCUAGCAACCGCCCGAACGAACGAGGCACUCGCCCGCCAGGAGCUCGACCUCCUUCAGGAUGAAAUGGCUCAUCUCAAGUGCGAGUACCCCUCGGUCCCCGUGCCAAAACCACAACCGACCAUCCACAAGUCGCCCAGCAAAUGGAAUCUCUGGUAG